AUGAGUGAUAUACAAAAGAUUAUGCAAGAGUUUGAACAAUGGAAGAUCGAGGAAACAAAUAGAAUUAAAAAGAUAUAUGAUGACAAGUUCCAAGAAUUUCAAGAUGACAUUACCCGGCAAAUGAAUUCACAAAAAAAUGGAAUUAAUAGUAUACAAGAUCAGAAAGAGCAAAAAUUAGCAACUAUCAUUAACGAACUGCAAGAGUUGAGUGAAGAAUAUGAUGAGCAGUUAGCAAAGAAAGCGCAAAUGGAAGAAGAAAUUAAACAAAACUACGGAAAACUUGAAAUAAAACCAAUACAAGUAGAUACUAAUCGAGAAGCAAGAAUUGGUCGAAUAUCAGAAUUAAGAUUUAAGAAAGAAAUUUUAUUGAAAGAAAAUAAGCAAUUAAAAGCCGAACUUCAAGAUAUUAAUAAAAGCAUUGAAAGAUAUAAAAGAUUAUAUACCACAACUAGCACAAUCGUUAAUCAAGCAUUAAAAGAUAUCAAGAAAAAUAAAGCAUCUGAAAAUUGA